AUGGUUGAUGUAAUGGAGCAGACCCCUCCUCUCCUCCAUGGGCUCUCAGAGAAGGAGAGAAAGUAUGAUCGCCAACUGCGUCUAUGGGCAGCUUCAGGUCAAUCAGCCUUGGAAUCAGCAAAUAUUCUCCUUGUCAACUCUGGAUGUGGCACGGUCGGUGUGGAAACACUCAAGAACCUGGUACUCCCGGGAAUUGGCAAGUUCACGAUAGCCGACGAAGCAAAAGUAUCUGAUGAGGACUUGGGUGUGAACUUCUUUUUGGAUGAGGGCUGCAAAGGCAAGUCUCGAGCUCAGUGCUGUGCGGAGUUCUUGACCGAGCUUAAUCCAGAGGUUCGAGGUGACUGGUGGCCGCGUGAAAAGCAUUCAUCCAGCUUUGAAGAGCUAUUGGCGAGCCCAGAGCCAUUCACAGCCAUCCUGUACUCUGCGCCUAUCAGCGAGGAACGGUUGCAAAUGCUGGAAACGUACGCGUCCCAGUUCCAAACGCCUCUGAUAGCAGUGCAAUCGGCAGGAUUCUACGGAUAUUUCCAGGUCAAGCUCCCGGGAGCCUUUCCGAUCGUGGACACUCACCCCGACGACACUGCGAUUGAUGACCUCAGGGUGCUAGCGCCUUGGCCUGAGCUGGAAGACUUUGCCCGGAACAUGACGAAGAAUAUCGAAAACCUCGACGAACACGAUCAUGGGCAUCUCCCAAUGGUAGUACUGCUACUACACUAUCUCGAGGAGUGGCGGAAAAGCCAUGAGGGCGCCAAUCCCAUCAACCUGAAAGACAAGACCGAGUUUCGCAAGGGUUUGGAGGCGGCUAUGAGGAAGACUAACGCCGAUGGAGGCGAGGAGAACUACGAGGAAGCCGUGUCUGGAGUCAUGAGGCACGUGCAGCCGCCGGCUCUGCCCAGCACACUCCGCCAGGUGUUUGACUAUCAGCGCCGAGGCACUGAUGCAGACUCCAGCUUCUGGCUUAUUGCGGCCGCCGUGAAAAAAUUCCACGAGAAGCAUGGCACAUUGCCAGUGUCCGGAGGUCUUCCCGACAUGAAAGCGCAGUCGGACGUCUAUAUCAGACUGCAGAAUCUCUACAAGACCAAAGCCCGCCAAGACGCGCGCGAGGUGCUUGCCACUGUACAGAAUAUGGAGGGCGGGGCAGAUGUCGAGUCGGCUGAAGUCGAACUAUUUUGCACAAAUGCGCGGUUCAUCAAGCUCAUCAACGGCGCUGACGUGGCGCCCAAGACUCUUGUCCAGGUCACAGAGCAAGAGCUGGCAAAUGACGAAAUGGCGGCUGUGGUCGGGCCGGAGAUGCCUUACUCAUUGAUUGGCAUCUACCUCGCGCUCACGGCCACGACGCACCUCGAAUCCGCAUCCGAGGAGGACAUUGAAUCCUCCAUCACUAGUCAUGUGCCUAUCGCUGCGGGCAAAGAGCGGAUAUUAAAGGCAGCCAAGGAGGUGGCACGAGCUGGUGGUGUCGAACUGCACAACACGUCGGCUGUUCUUGGCGGUAUGGUCGCGCAGGAGAUGAUCAAGAUCAUUACGAAGCAGUACAUUCCCGUCGACAACACUUGCAUCUUUGAUGGUAUCGACAGCCGCUGCCAGGUCCUCCGCCUAUGA